CCAAUCACAAAAAUAGAGAAACCCAAACUCCCCAGUUAUUGAAGGUUGCUGUCAGUGGUGUUACAGAACUCCUAAGGCUCAUUUCUUUUACUGGAGGCAGCAUAUGGCAAUGGAGGUAUGUCUCUCUCUUUGUCUGCCAUCAAAAGUCUAACAGGGACCAAUUAUGAGGAUUGGCAUGAAUCUCUCAUUAUUAAUUUGGCUAUUAUGAAUUUGGAUUUGGCUUUGAGGGUUGAUGCACCUACCAAACCCACCAGUGAAAGUACUGCAGCUGAAAAGACUCUUUAUGAGCAAUGGGUGCAUUCUAAUAGGACUUGUCUUAUGCUCAUGAAGUAUACUAUUGACAAGUCUAUCAGGCAGAGCAUAUCAGAUAUAGAUAGUGCCAAAGAGUAUCUUGAGGUUGUUGGGAAGAAAUUACUAAGUUUGACAAGGCAGAAAAGGGAACUUUGAUGAAACUUCUUACUACCACAACCUAUGAUGGGGUUAGAGGAGUUAGAGAGCAUAUUAUGAAGCUUAAUCAUUUCUUUAACAAUCUGAAAGGAAUGAAAGUUGAGUUAGCAGAAAGUUUUCUUGUAUGGCAAGUACUUGAAUCCUUGCCAUCUCAAUGCACUCAAGACUACUUAUAAUGCUCAAAAAGAAGAAUGGGACUUGAAAUGACCGCUAUUGUAACUCAAGAAGAAGAAAUGAUGAAAAAGGCAAAGUCUCAUGCUGCUUUCAUGAUAACUACUAAUAAAGGGACGAAGAAAUUUUUCAAAGGUAGUAGUAGCAACUCCAGUAAGAUGAAGAAAUUUGGGAGACCUUCUCAGCAAGCUAUUGUGAGUGUUUCUAAUGGGCCUAAGAAGGAAGGUUUCAAGGGCAAGUGUAACUUUCGUCAUAUUUUUGGACACAAGAAGGUAGAUUGUAGGAAGUUUAAGGCUUGGUUAGAUAAGAAAGGUAUACAUUCGAUACUAGUAUGUUUUGAAUCUAAUCUAGUCGAUGUGCCUUCUGAUACUUGGUGGGUAGAUACCGGUGCAACCAUUCACACUACAAAUUCUUUUCAAGAAUUAAAGAACUGCAGAAGACCAAUUGACACAGAGUCAGUAGUAAACAUGGGCAAUGGAAUGAAGGUUAAAGUUGAACAUAUUGGAACAGUCAGACUUAUUUUGGGUUCUAAGCACAUUUUGAACUUGUCUGAUACUGCUUUUAUACCUUCUAUUAGAAGAAAUCUUAUCUCUGUUUCUAUUUUGGAUAUAUGUGGAUAUGUUUUUCAUUUUGGAAAUGGAAAUGCUACAAUCUAUUAUAAUUCUGUUGUGGUUGGUACUGCUACAUUAUAUGAUGGUUUGUAUAUAAUCAACUUGUUUCCUGCUUUAGAUUAUACUUCUUCUAGCGUUUCUGUUGUGAAUGCGUUCUAAACAUAUUAGAUCCAAUGAAAACUCUUCCAUGUUGUGGCGUAAAAGGUUGGGUCAUAUUUCUAAAGAAAGAAUGGAAAGGUUGAUUAAAGAGAGUAUACUAGUUGAUUUGGAUUUCUUUGAUUUUGAGACGUGUUGCUUGUAUCAAAGGGAAGCUUCCAGCGAAACCUAGAAAACAAAAGAUUAGUAGAAGUGUGGAAAUUCUGGAUUUAAUUCAUACUGAUGUCUGUGGUCCUCACCUGCUGCUUUGGAAAAUUAUAAAUACUUCAUUAUCUUUAUUGAUGAUUAUUCUUGCUAUGGUUACAUUGAGCUCAUUUGAGAAAAAUCAGAUUCAUUGGAAGCCUUUAAGGCUUUCAAAGCUGUCGUGGACCUCCAAAAAAAAAAAAGAAAAUCAAAGCAGUAAGAUUAGAUAGAGGAGGUAAAUUUUAUGGGAGAUAUGAUGAAACUGGUAGAAAUACUGGACCUUUUGCUAGUUUUCUCAACGCAUGCGGUAUUAAGGCUCAAUACAUAAUGCCGGAACUUCUGAACAGAAUGGUAUUGCAGAAAGAAGAAAUCGUACUCUUAUGGACAUGGUGCGGUGUAUGCUUAAUCAUUCUACUUUGCCUGAUUUUUUAUGGGGUGAGGCUUUGAAAACUACUGCUUACAUUCUGAAUCAAGUGCCAAGCAAGUCGGUUCCUAAAACCCCUUAUGAGUUAUGGUCAGGUAAAGGACCUACUUUGUGUCAUUUUCGUGUUUGGGGUUGUAAAGCAGAAAUAAAGCUUCAUAAUCCUCAGCAGAAGAAACUUGAUCCUAAGACCAUCACUGGAUAUUUUGUUGGGUAUUAUGUGGGAUCAAAGGGAUCUAGAUUCUAUUGCCCUUCUAAUGUUACUAGAAUUAUUGAAUCUGAUCGAGCCAUUUUCUUUGAGGAUGUUUGUGAUAGUGGGAGCUCCACACCACAUGAAGUUAUGUUUAGGGAGGAACGUGUUAUCAUACCUGUUCAAGUUACUCCUCCAUUAGUGGUUGUAUCACCAUUAACAGAGGGAACCAAUGCUGCUAUCCAAGACCCUGUUGUUGACACGGGGGUUGAUGUUGAUAUGGGGAUCGACGAUAUUGUUUUGAAGAGAUCAUAGAGGAUUCGUAGACCAACAAUUUUUGAUGAUUAUAUUAUCUAUUUGCAGGAGCAUGAGUUUGAUGUUGGUACAUCUCUUGAUCCGACCUCUUUUAAGAAUGCCAUUAAUAGUCCUAAAUCUUCAUUUUGGAUGGAUGCUAUGCAUGACAAGAUGGCAUCAAUGUGCCGAAACAGAGUAUGAGACUUAGUUGAACUGCCUAGUGGCUAUAGGCCAAUUGGCUGUAAAUGGAUUUUCAAGACCAAGUAUAAUUCUUAAGGUUAGGUAGAGAGGUAUAAAGCUAGGCUUGUUGCUAAGGGCUUUAAUCAAAGAGAAGGCAUUGAUUAUAAGGAUACCUUCUUGCCUGUUUCUACCAAGGAUUAUUUUCGGAUUAUUAUGGCAUUGGUGGCUCAUUUUGAUUUUGAGUUGCAUUAAAUGAAUGUCAAGACAACUUUUCUUAAUGGACAUUUAUUUGAGAAUGUGUACAUGAUGCAACCAGAUGGUUUCCAAGUGGAUGGAAAGGAACCCAUGGUGUGUAAGCUUAAGAAGUAUAUUUAUGGGCUUAAGUAAGUAUCGAGACAGUGGUACCUAAAAUUUGAUGAGAUUAUCACUUCUUUCGGUUACAAGGAGAAUAUUGUUGAUCAAUGCAUAUACUUGAGGGUCACUAGGAGUAAGUAUAUCUUUUUUGCUCUUUAUGUUGAUGAUAUGUUACUUGUUGCAAAUGACAUUGAGCUUUUGCUUAAGACAAAGCGCAUGUUGUCAUCUCUUUUUGAUAUGAAGAUCUUGGUGAGGCCUCUUAUGUUUUGGGGAUUCAAAAUUUUCCUGAUACAUCUAGAGGCGUUCUUGGAUUCUCUCAGAAAAUCUACAUUGAUCGAGUUUUGAGCAGGUUUAAUAUGCAUUCUUGUUCUCCGGAAAAGCACCUAUUGUGAAAGGUGAUAAAUUUUCUAAGUCUCAAUGCCGUAACGAUGAUAAUGAGAGGACUUAAAUGCAAACAAUUCCCUAUUCUUCAGUUGUUGGUAGUUUAAUGUAUGCUCAAGUGUGUACACGGCUUGACAUUGCUUAUGUUGUUGGUGUACUUGGGAGAUACUUGAGUGAUCCUGGUUUGGCUCACUGGAAAGCUACAAAGAAAGUACUUAGGUACUUGCAAGGCACUAAAGAUCUAAUGCUAACAUAUCGGCAAUCUAACAUUCUUGAUGUAGCUGGAUAUCCUGAUGCCGAUUUUGCAGGUUGUUUAGAUCACAGAAGAUCUACUUCUGGUGAUGUUUUUAUGAUGGCAGUAAGAGCUAUAUCUUGAAAAAGUGUCAAACAGUCACUUAUAGCUUCCUCUACAAUGGAGGCAGAGUAUGUUGCUUGUUAUGAGGCUACAUGUCAGGCUAUAUGGUUGCGAAAUUUUAUCUUGGGGCUAGGUGUUGUGAACACCAUUUCGAGGCCACUGAAGAUAUUUUGUGACUAUUCUGCAGUAUUGCUUUCUCUCGAAAUACUAGAAGUUCUUCACGUUCUAAGCAUAUUGAUAUUAAGUAUUUGUUUGUUAAAGAGAAAAUAACUGAGUCUUAUAUUUGUGUUGAACAUAUUUUAAUAGAUCAUAUGUUAAUUCACCCACUAACUAAAAGUUUAGCUCCAAAAUUGUUUCAGGAGCAUAUGGCUCAUAUGGGAUUGUUAGAGUCUUAUGUUGUAUUUGGUUAGUGGGAGUUCUGUAAUCAUUGCUAUUUUACCAUGUUAUUUAUGCUCAUAUUUGUUGUCCUUAUAAUAUAGGGCCUGUUUG